UGACUUCAGGGAGCACAUUCAAUGGUACGUAUUCUGGAAUCACUCACUGGCUGUGAGAAAAAGAUUCUGUAGGAAAUGUGGAGCCUAACUGCUGGCUUUUGUCUGGAGAGCCUCCAUGAUCUAAGACGCUUGGUGGGAAUGAGGAUGGGGGGGGUAUAGUAAAAGAAACUGGUUUCCCAGGUGACAAACACUUUUUAUCUAUGUAUAGUUCCUGGGAACAUGUUCACAUUAGGUGGUGUUCACAUUAGGUGACGUUCACAUUAGGUCGUGUGGGAGUGUGUGUAUUAGUGUGGGGGGGUGGGGUGGUCUAUGUGCAAGUCUGCAUGAUUUGCUUGUGAAUGUGUGUCUAUGUGUGUUUCCCCUAGGAAAAAAAUGUUGUGUUUACCCAACACAACUCUCAGUGCCAUUUUUCUUAAUUUAACAAAUCAGACCACACAUUUUACUUACAUUAGUUCAAACCUCCUCAUGCCCAUAUGCUGUGAGCUUGUUUAUUGAAUCCACAUACCAGAUGGAGAAAUUAAGCCACAUAAAUAAAUGUGCCCUGGCUCACUUGCUAUGAAGUGAGGAGCCAAGAUGUUUACUCAUACGGUGCUAAUGUUGAAAGGAUCACUAUUCACCAUGCAAGGGAGCUCCAGCACCCUCUAUGCCUGGAAUUACCCAAGCCUGCAGAGAUCCCAAACACCAUCCCUCACAUAAGAGAGCCUCAGUGAUCUCAGAAUCCAGGUAGCUAUGUAGGCAUCUCCCUGCAAGUUUCACAUAGUCCUUAGUGUGAAACAGACAUAGAAAGCCCAUGUUUCUGAUCAAGUCACAGGUUCUAAAACACUAAGGGAGGCACUAAGUAGGACAAUAUGGUGCCUGUGUGUCACAGCUGGUCUCUCCUCAAGACAUGGCUCAAGUCCAAUAAGAAUUGGGGAAAUGCUUUAGAGUCUUGGACAGAGUUAUCACCACAAGCCCUCUGAGCUACAUAAUUUAGGGAUCAUGACUAUUAAGUACUCAAAUUACCACUUGGCUAUUAUCCAGGUAUCCGUCAUCCUUGUGGCAACUCUCUUAUGAAGCUGGCGGGGAGAGCGUCAGUGCUGGAGCUGAGCCUCCCUUCUGGAUGGGCCCUCCCUGUGUUAGCAGAGAUUAUAAGAAGAUACGCCGUGUCCACCACUCAGCUUCAGAGACCUCAUGGCUUCUGGGUAAAGAAGGAGGUAUACCCUGUAGAAGAUGACUUUGAAUGUCCAAUGGAUCAUGAGAUUAUAGACAAGCCUCAGCCUGCUUUUGAAGCCUCUGAGGAGUCUCUAAUUCACAAGGACAGAGGAGAUGGAGAGAGGCCGGUCAACACAAGGGUGGUGCAGGCGGCCCCUCUGGGGUGUGACUCUAAAAGUGUUCUGAGCCACAUCCUUUAGCUUCACUAGUGCAGGACCACCCGGGAGGAUGGCCCAGCAUCAGCUCAGCCCAUGCUGUGAUCAGCCACCUCCAUGCACCACACCAAGCAAGCUCCCUGGGUGAUUCAGUCUCCACCACCAGGGCACCGACCUUUACUCUGUGUUCUCCUAGCUCCCUGUGGGGAUGCUGUGCAAGACAUCUCUAUUGAGGAUGCUGAAUAUGACAUCUGUAAUGAGGACACUGUACAAGACAUCUCUAAUGAGGAUGCUGUAGAAGACAUCUCCAAUGAGGAUGCUGUAUACGAGAUUGCUAAUGAGGACACUGUAUACGAGAUCGCUAAUGAGGACACUGUAUACGACAUCGCUAAUGAGAACGCUGUAUAUGACAUCGCUAACGAGGAUGCUGUAAUAUGACAUCGCUAACGAGGAUGCUGUAUAUGACAUCGCUAACGAGGAUGCUGUAUAUGACAUCGCUAAUGAGGAUGCUGUAGAAGAUAUUGCUAAUGAGGACGCUGUAUACGACAUUGCUAAUGAGGACACUGUAUAAGACAUCUCUAAUGAGGAUGCUGUAGAAGUCAUCUCUAAUGAGAACGCUGUAUACGACAUCGCUAAUGAGAAUGCUGUAUAUGACAUCGCUAACGAGGAUGCUGUAUACGACAUCGCUAAUGAGGAUGCUGUAGAAGACAUUGCUAAUGAGGAUGCUGUAUACGACAUCGCUAAUGAGGACACUGUAUAAGACAUCUCUAAUGAGGAUGCUGUAGAAGACAUUGCUAAUGAGGAUGCUGUAGAAGACAUCUCUAAUGAGAACGCUGUAUACGACAUCGCUAAUGAGGAUGCUGUAUACGACAUCGCUAAAGAGGAUGCUCUACAAGACAUCUCUAAAAAAGAAGAUGCUGCCACUGUAAGAUACUUUUCUUUGUCUUGAACAGAAAUGUUACUUUCCUGGCUUCUUUUGAGUCAGAUGUAGACAUGAACAUCUGCCAAUGUGCAUUAUCGAUGUCAUCUGCAAUUUAAUCAAAGGUAGACAUGAACAUCUGUCAAUGUGCAUUAUUUAUGACAUCUGCAAUUCCCUUGGUGUGGUGCUAUUGAUUGGCAGCCUCUCACCAACCCAUGCCGGGCACACUGGGGCGUGGUAGAUGGCAGCGUCCACGAUCCACUGCAAUGCAGAGGUGUUUCCCUCCACAGCAGUUUUCCCCCGUGGAUUAAGGUUGUGAAACUGCCAAUCUAAAUAUACUUUAAAGGUAAAUUCUGUGGGAAAAGCUCUUUUCUUUUCCAUAGGUGUCCUCCAUGUUAGUUUUGGGGGACUCCGACCUCUGACUCAGUCACUAUACCCCUUCUUAUUUUCUCCAGUUGUUGAGAGAAUAUCAGAUCUGUGUGACAUGCAUGGCAUCAUUUCACCCUCCUAAUGUUUUCUUUUCUAUAAUUGCAGGAUCCAUUUGUACUGGAGAAUGGUACGUACCCUGAAAUAACUCAUUUCCUGAGGGAAAAAUCCUGUCUCUAGGGUACAGAAACCUGAUUCUGGACUCCUUUUGGGAAGGAGGAUUCCCAAAUCAUUGCUCUGAUGAGAGCAAAUGAUUUUGCAAGUAUAAAACAAUGUUCAGAGAGGCUGGAGGGAUAUCUGUGAGCCCAGAGGAAACACCAGGGGAUCCUGUGUGAAGCACCAGAGCUUCAGCUGGGGUCAGAGGAGUGGGUGGGCCUCUCUCUAAUGACUUAUCCUGAUGUUUGUGUUUUAAAGAUCUGUUUUUGGAGAGCAUAUCCAAUGAUGAGGAUUUGUAGGUAGGUAACUACUUUCCAUGUAAGAUCCAAUGGGAGAGAGUUCCCAGGGGCCUUCAGUGUAUCCAUCUGCUUGGGAGGUUGAGGGAGGGGGCAUGAAAUAAAAAAGAAAAAGGAAAUAUGUGUCAAAUUGGAUUUGGUCUUUUCCAAGUUUCUUGCCAUAAUGUAAGAACUGUCUCUGUGGGCUGGGAGGGUGCUGUGUGAUUUAAAGGUGAUCUUUCCCAAAACACCUGGCCUUUUCUCUUCUGCCUCUGCCAAACAUCACAGCCUUUGGGUUGGACUAGUCAGCACUGCUUGGGAUUGUGCAGAAGAGGUUUGGGGUUGCAUCCAGCGGCACCUGUGGCGAACAGAAUCUGAGGACACAACUCCCUCACAGGCACUUACUUGAACCUGGAGACAAAGUUCUCUUGGUGUGUGCCCAGGGGUGCAGGAGAAAUUGAUGGUCGUCCUCUGAACUUUUAGGACUUUAAAAAGCAGUAAUGUUUCCAUCCUCGCUGUUGACUCCUGGCUUAAAAGGAUCUCCCAGGGUGAGUGAGGAGGCGGGAUCGGACCCUGGCAGUCUGAUGGCAACACCUGUGUUCCUCUGCACUGGGCCAUGGAUGACGUUACACACCUUGAUCAUCCAUGACUGGGGACUUCAUCCACAACUGCGGACUUCAUUCACAGCUGGCAGCUUCAUCCACAGCUGGGGGCUGCAUCCACAGCUGGGAAUUCAUCCAUAGCUGGGACUUCAUCCAUAGCUGGGGACUUCAUCCAUGGCUGGGGACUUAAUUCAGAGCUGGCAGCCUCAUCCACAGCUAGGGGCUGCAUCCACAACUGAAGCAUCAUUUACAGUUGGGGGCUUCCUCCACGGCUGGGACUUCAUCCACAACUGGGUCAUCAUCCGUGACUGGGACUUAAUCCAUAUCUGGGGGCUUCAUCCAUGUCUGGGGGCAUCAUCCGUGUCUGGGGGCAUCAUCCAUGGCUGGGGAGUUCAUCCACAGCUUGUUUGCCUGAUCUGUGUCUGAGUCACAGAUACAGAUGAUUAAACCUAGUAAUUUCAUUGAGUUCCACUUCUAUAGUUUUUGUUUCAAAAGUUGUUUGUUGAUAAUUUAAUGAAAUAAACUAAAUCAGAAUUACCCCCUUUUAA